GUGUCAUAACGUCAUGGUGAUGUCAUCGCCAUAAUGCCGAUGUCGUCAUCACGUCAUCCAGGCACCAACACGCCGCUAACCCGAAACAAAACGAUGAUGGCCGAGUUUUGCCGAGCUCGGAGAUCAGCUGACCCAAAGCGUCCGUCGACGUCAGCCGUCCUUCCCGGGCCGACGACUUCCUGAAACGGUUUUUUUGUCUUGAUCGAAGAGUCCCAAAAACAGAAGACACCCGUUGUUGUGGACGACUCGCCGACCGAGCAGGAUGCCGUCGUUGCUUUUCUGCGGCCCCAAGAUGGCCGCGUGCGGCAUCGUCAUCAGCAUCUGGGGCGUCAUCAUGUUGGCGAUGCUGGGGAUCUUCUUUAGCGCCAAGUCGGCCGUGCUCAUCGAGGACGUCCCGUUUACAGAGGACGACAUCCGCAACGAUAAACACCCUCCCCAGAACAUCUACGGUCUGUACAGCCAAGUGGGCAUCAACUGCUUCAUCGCGGCCGGCGUCUACGUGGCGGUGGGCGCCGUGUCGCUGUGCCAGGUUCGACUCAACAAGCGGCAGGAGUACAUGGUGACAUAAGAAGAAUUCCAACCCCCCCCCCCCCCCCCCCCAUCCUCUCGCGGUGAUCCCUGUAAUUUAUUUGUGGUUUCAAUGUUCUCUGUUCCUGGAUUUAUUCCCCAAAUGCUGUUGGCACCUUGUCGAUGUGUUUUCUGCAUGUAGAAAUGUGUGACAGGAAGUGCCGAUGUCAAAAUAAAAGCCGUGACGUGGUUUUGUGUGGGAAUGAA